AUGGAAAAGUACCGCGAGUUCGCAGACUCAGCCACAGGAAUAAAUCCAUUUUUGCCCUUAUGGGUAAACAACAAAUUGAGCGUCCAUGAGAAGCUUCUCAAAUUUCUGCUGUUCCCACUGGUGCUGUGUCGCUUCUGCUUCCUCUCCCUGACGUUGAUUUUUAUGAUUUUCCUAAACAGCAUAGUGAACCUGCUCAUAUUCCAGUGCGUUAAGGACUUUUUCUACCAAAUAAUACAGUGCAUUUAUUGCCGGCUGUUGCUGCUUUAUUUGGGCUUCUUCUACAUGGAUGAGGAAUAUGCUAGCCACAAGAGAGUUAAAAUAAAAUGCACGAAGAAGAAAAUUCCAUUCACUUAUGAUGACUAUGGACACAUUUAUCUGUCCAACUUUACAUCCUUCGUGGAUAUUUUAUAUUUAGCAUAUCGGCUCAAUCCACUCUUUGUUAUUAUUAACAAAAAUGGAAGUCUAUCCCCCGUUUUCUUCUUUGAUUUAAUAAAGCUAUCUCUACAAUUUUCCAUCCCCAACAAGAAAGGAGAAUUUAAAAAUCUGGAACAAGUACAUGUCUUCGCGAAGAAUAAAAAAAUAAAAUCAGUUGUCAUAUUCCCAGAGGGCAUGAAAAGUAAUGGCUCCUGUAUUCUCCUGUGGAAGAAUGAAAUUUUUACGCAUUCAGAAUAUGUCCUUAAAAAUAAGUGCAACUUGAUUGCUUUUACUUAUGAAACAAAUAUACUUAACAAGAAGUGGAAUAACUCCUACACCUCUCCGCACACCGUUCUUAAUCCCGUCCUCCAUAUUACCUUUCUUUGUUUUAAUAUAUAUAAUAAAAUUAAGAUUGUGUGGCUGAACGAAAAGGACAUUGCCGAAUCGUUGCGCGAAUUCGACUUCUCCAACUGUGAUGAACUCGUCCACUAUUUGAGGAGCCUCAUGGGACUUAUGAAGCCCACAGGUGGAACCCUCGUUAACGUAAAAGCGGACUUGUUGGAGAAGUUUGUCAAGUAUUGGAACCUCACGCGGGGGCGAGCGUACCUCUGA